AUGGCGAGCUUCCGCGCCGUCCUGCUGGCCUGCUAUGCUGUGAUCGGCUGCCAGGCGAAAGUGCGUGCCGUGAUUUCCGUGGAUCUCGCCAGGUUUUACUCCCGUGUCACGAUUGCGGCUCCAAAGACAGCUCUUGCUGUUGCAUAUCUCUUGCACGAGCCCAAUGUGCAGGUCUUGGCCCUGGCGUCUGGUUUCGGGCUAAGCCGAAACUGGUACCAGCGGCUUCUGCUGAAGCAUCCUUGCACGGCUGCAGAGAUGUUCCUGGCCGACCUGCAGCGGCAAGAUGUGCCUGUUGUCUGUGGUUUGACAUCAGGAACUUUUCUACAGCGCGGCACAGCUGAUGAUGUGCUGGACAAGUUGAUGGCAGGCUCGGGUGAGGAGCCUACCACGUGGCUUGUGCUGGACUCGAUGACAGCAGCAGCUGCCGUGACCCUGCCCUCGCUGAAAACUUCGAGAAGGAUCUCCGAGUUCGCCUUUGCCGGGCCCGGGCUCCGCUGGCUGGGGGCCGACUCCGGCAGCUUCCUGGGGGCGCCAGGUUUGAUGCUGCGCAGCUGGCAGGACUCCCUCAAGGAGGUGACGCCCCGCUUGCGACUGGUCCGCAUUUCCGGGAACUCCACGCUUGACAAGGAGAUUGGCAAAUGUCGAGGUUCCUGGAUGGCGCAUCACUAUCGAAGAGCCCCGUUCGUGUCGACCAUCCAGCAGCAGAUAUCUCCAAUGGCAUCGAAGUUUGCCACGAGCAGCAAUGUCAUCGCAGCUACCGCCAUCCUAGGCUUGGUCAGCGUAAUCUUCCCGCAGGAUGACGAUGCCCCGCUCCUCGCCGCCGCGCUGGUGGCAGAGGCUUCUGUGGACUGCGCAGCCGUGUCGCUGGAGGGGCAGACCCAGGUUUCACCGGAAGUCUGCCGCCAAGAGAGAAGAGAGGAUCCGCCUGACACAGUUUAUGUCAAGCUGCAAGACGUGACUGAAGCAAGUCUCAUGCGCGUCGUGAGCACUCUUUGCGAUGUCGCUCCGUCCAAAGUGGCGGAAGAGCUUUGA